AUGGAUGGUGCUAUCAUUGUUGUUGCUGCUUCCGAUGGUCAAAUGCCCCAAACUCGUGAACAUCUCCUACUCGCUCGCCAAGUCGGUGUCCAAAGAAUUGUCGUUUUUGUCAACAAGGUCGAUGCUCUCGAGGAUGCAGAAAUGUUGGAACUCGUCGAAAUGGAAAUGCGUGAACUUCUGUCCACAUACGGCUUCGAUGGUGACGAAACUCCAAUUGUCAUGGGGUCUGCCUUGUGUGCUCUUGAGGGGCGUCGGCCGGAAAUCGGAGAACAGAAGAUCAGUGAGCUCUUGGAUGCUGUCGAUACUUGGAUUCCGACCCCUCAGCGUGAUCUUGACAAACCUUUCUUGAUGGCCAUUGAAGAUGUUUUCUCCAUCCCUGGACGUGGGACUGUCGCUACUGGCCGUGUUGAACGUGGUAUCCUCAAGAGGGGUGAAGAAGUUGAACUCGUAGGAUAUGAAGAUGUCCCGAUCAAGACCAUCGUUACUGGCCUCGAAACCUUCAAGAAGGAGCUUGAUUCUGCCCAAGCCGGCGACAACUCAGGGCUUUUGCUCCGUGGUAUUAAGCGUGACCAGGUCCGUCGUGGUAUGGUCGUUGUCAAGCCUGGUACUACCAAGGCUCACAAUAAAUUCCUCGCUUCUCUCUACGUCCUUACCAAGGAGGAGGGUGGGCGCCACACUGGAUUCCAUGGUAACUACCGCCCACAGAUGUUCUUGAGAACCUCUGAUAUCCCGGUCACCAUCGACCUCCCUGAGGGAUCUACCGACGAUAGCCACAAGAUGAUCAUGCCUGGAGACAAUCUUGAGGUUCAGUGCACCAUCUUCAAGCCUAUGGCAGUUGACCCUGGUCAACGGUUCAACCUCCGAGAGGGUGGCCGAACUGUUGCCACUGGCUUGGUCACCAGAAUUCUCUAGGGACAGCUUAUAAAAUUCUAGUAUUUAUUUUACUUACAUCAUGGACAUGAUUUUUACCAAGCAAGGUUGAGGUGGGGUUUUUUUUCCUGUGAUUAUACUCUCCAUUC